AUGUCAUCCCUUACUGACCAAGCAACAGCUGGUGAAGGAUCAGGAUCCAACAAACCUUCUCGUCGAGUCGCCUAUUACUAUGACCAGGAUGUAGGGAACUAUACAUAUUACCUCGGACAUCCUAUGAAACCCCAUCGAAUACGUAUGGCCCAUAACCUCAUUGUGAAUUAUGGUCUGACAGACGAAGUGGAGGAGGAUGCACCUGAUGUAGAGGGAGAAGGGAAAAGAGAGAUGAAUGAUGAGAUAAGUAAUGGAAAUGGAAAUCAUGUGCCGGAACAUAAGUUCAUUAAGAAUAGCUUGACGGGUUCGAGAAGUAAACAUAUGCAAGUGUUUAGGCCACACAGAGCUACUAAAGCUCAAAUGACCCGUUUUCAUACCGAUGAAUAUAUCGAGUUCCUCGAGAAUGUCACUCCAGAAACGGCGGAGGCUAUGACAGGCGGUGGCGUUAGAUGCCUAAUAGGAGAGGAUUGUCCAGCGUUUGACGGACUGUUCGAAUUCUGUUCGAUAUCAGCGGGAGGUUCUUUGGGUGGUGCGGAGAGAUUAAAUUCUGGAGCAGCUGAUAUCGCUAUUAAUUGGGCUGGUGGAUUACAUCAUGCGAAGAAGACUGAAGCGAGUGGAUUCUGUUACGUGAAUGACAUUGUACUUGGUAUUCUUGAGCUGUUGAGGAUACAUCCCCGAGUACUAUACAUAGAUGUAGAUGUACAUCAUGGAGAUGGAGUGGAGGAAGCUUUCUAUACUACGGAUAGAGUCAUGACUUGCUCUUUCCACAGGUUUGGAGAGUUCUUCCCUGGUACAGGUGAUGUUAGGGAUGUGGGUAUGAAAAGAGGUAAAGGAUAUGCAGUGAACGUGCCGUUGAGAGAUGGAAUAACGGAUGAAUCGUAUCAUACUAUAUUCAAGCCUGUCAUUCAACAUAUCAUGGAUUACUUCCGACCUAGCGCAGUGAUCUUGCAGAUGGGAGCAGAUAGUUUAUCAGGUGACAAAUUAGGUGGAUUCAAUCUGACACUGAAAGGUCAUGGGGAAUGUACAAGCUUCGUGAAGAGUUUUGGAGUGCCUGUGAUGAUGUUAGGUGGAGGAGGAUACACGACGAAAAAUGUUGCUCGAGCUUGGACGAACGAAACUGCUGUUAUGUGCGGUAAGACAUUACCAGAGGAUUUGCCAUAUAAUCAAUAUAUGGAAUACUACGGACCUAGAUAUAAAUUAGAGGUAUUACCCAAUAAUACGGAUGAUCACAACCCAUCUGAGUAUCUGGAUAAAAUCAGAACUCAAGUCAUUGAGAAUCUACGUAACCUACCACAUGCGCCCUCGGUACAGAUGCGUCAGGUGCCUACACAAACCAUCUCCCAGGCUAUAGGGUUGACGAAGGACAAUGAUCAGAUUGAUCCGGAUGAUGAGAUUGAAAUCCGUCUAAAGAAAUACAUGCAAGAGAAACAACUGCACGGCGGAUAUUCUCCACAUGAAUCAGAUGAUGAAGAUAUACCUAUGAAUGGAGAUUCAGAUCAUGACGAUUCGACUUAUUCUAUACCCGGUCGAAAUAGACGUCAGGGAGGGUUGAACGGUCUACCUAGACGUACUUUAACAUCUAGGUUGAAUGGUAAUAAGAGGUCGACAAAUGGUAUUGCAAAUGGACAGUCGGAUGACGAAGAUGAAGAUCCAUGUGGAAUAACGAAAAGGAAGAAAAGAACGUUCUUCAGUAAGAAACAAACUUCUGGUAUUCAGGGAUUAGUCAAUAAGAAGUUGAAUGGCCUGAAUGGUUUGAAUGGGAUUACAGUGGGGAAUGGAAACAUAGUAGAAUUCUGGAAGGAGAAUAAUGGGAAUGGGAAUUCGAUAAAUGGUGGAUUGGGAGGGAUGUCAAGAGGUGAAAGUCCGAUGAGUAUCGCAUAG